AUGGAGAUGUCCGCUGUAGUCGGUGUUCUAGUCGCUCUACCGCAGAGCAUACAGUCUGCAAAAGACCUGUACGACCUGCGCGCCAAGUACAAAGAUGCCUCGGUCCUUAUUACCGCCAUAUACUCCGAGUCUAUGGUCAUCGCAGCGUCCCUGUCCCAAGUCCAAAAUCUCCUGCAACAUGACGCAUUACGAGAGAAACCCCAAUUACUCGAGACGUUCGAUCGCGCGCUCACUGGAUGUCGAGUCGUGUACGGAUGUCUCGAGGAGGAAGUAAGAGAGCUGCGAAUAAAAGCGGAGAACGACGAACUGAAGUUCAAGGACCGAGCGAGGUUUCUUUGGAAGGAAGACACGUUCAAAGAGCUGCUCACGCAGAUCCGCGGCCAGCAAUCUGCGCUCAGUCUCCUUAUACAAGGACUGCAAAUGGAGUCGAUUGUGGAUAUCAAGAAGCUAGUUGAAGACAACAGCGUUACACUCGAUCAGGUUGUAAAACGGUCAAGGACUCUGCGCCAGUCGCACCCUCGUUUGAAGGUACCGGAGUCACUAUUCAGUCAACAAAGCCUGGACGGUAAAGAUGUCGACGCAGAUUCCAUCGCGAAAGCUACCGAGUUCACUUUCGAUGACGAGGUCGUCAACUCGAAGGCUUAUCGUAGGGCUAUGGCAAUGGCGCUGUCUUCAAACAACGGAGCGAUUGCACAAGAGAGCUCAGAUACUGAUGUUUUAGAAGACUACUCGACCGCUCUUGGAAGCAUGUCCCAGGGCAAUGACAAAGAUAGGAGCGUUGAUCCUAUAGACCUUCCCCCACUAUCGUCAGAGGAAGGGAAGACUACGACUAGUGUCCCAGAGCCUGAAGCUGAAGCUGAAGCAGAACCAGAGAUAUCAUCUCAAGUCGCCACAAAAGAUGACCACGCAGAUUUGUUUGAUACUCUCGAACGCGACAUACUUUCCUUCAUGCCUCAAACCUCAUCUGCAGCGCUUUGUUUGACUCCGAAUCAUACGGGUUCUGAAAACCCUUCUGCACUACCGAGUCGAACUGGUCCUCUGACUCCAAGCCAUACGGGUUCUGAGAAUGCCUCUGCAUCGCCGGUCCAUUCUACCGACUCUUUAACUCCGGCGCCAUUGCGAUCGUUCAGUGGAGACAAAGCAAUAAACGACUCAGAAGCACCGCCCCCAUUACCUCCUCGUCGUCCGAGCGGGCAGCCUGUCGCAACGCCCAAAAUGCGUUCAGUGUCUUCUGAUGAUAGUAUAUUUUCUUCUGAUGCGCCAUCCAUCCUAUCAAAAGUGUCAACCGCAUCGACUUACACGGUGUAUGAAACUCCGCAGUUGAGCCCCAAUUCAACAGGGCAAUCGUCACGGAAGCCGCUGCCACUUGGGCACAGAUCCUCUUACAAUGCUUUAGGUAAUGUCGAGUUUGAUGUGAAUGAACCCCAAGCACAGGGAACAUCAUUACUCCUGCAUAACAUCGAAAUGAACAGCAUCUGGAGAUCACUCGUGGACGCAGAAAGAAAGUUUGUCGACCGCAUGGUAAGACUCAAACGGAUGUUCUACGACAAUAUCAUAAGGCAAUGGCCAAUCAUCGAAAAACAUCUGAAUGCGAUUCUUGUUGGCGAACAACUUGCCACACUACAUCAACAAUGUCUGUUGUACACCAUGGAUCAAGAACUUGCUGGCAAUGGUAGUGCUCUCUGCAAUCCGUACAUCUUCGAAGUCUGGGUUGACAAAAGUCAACGACUAUACCGAGAGUAUUGCCGUAAGAUGCCGCAUGCUUCCUCCUCACUCCGUACAACUCAAAACAUGGACCCGAAGUUCUCACCAUAUGUCAACACGCUCGGUCUCAGUAUCUCUUAUUUUGGCAAGAGCUGGCAGGACUAUCUGGAGCUUCCCAUUAUACAGUUGCAGACUUAUGUCGAUAGCUUGGAAAGUCUCAUCAACAUUGCUGAAACGCUCCGCGAUCCGGCGGCGAGUAGUGAGGUCAUGCGCUUGAGACGCGCUCUGCAGGCCGUCACUUGGCUCAAGACGUUGACGCUGGCUUUGUUAGAGGAAGCGCAAGGCCGUGAAGAUGUGCAGAACUUGGAGAAACGUAUUCGGACAGACACCAGUACGCUUUCGCAACUAUACCUACACGACCCCAGCCGGCGCGUCGUGCAUCAAGGCGGCAUGGCGAUGAAGUUCAAGGGUCAAGGACCUUGGAUUCCAGUACAUGCCAUGCUUCUAGAUAACUACUUCCUCUGGGGAAGAGUUAAGAAGAGCAAGGGAGAUGAAGUGCUGGUAACAGACCCACCUAUUGCAAUUGCCGACAUGGGGUUUUCCCUUCCGGUAGACGCACACCAGUUCCAGAAAGCUACUAUGCUUGACCAAAUAGCAAGGGGCUCAGUCGUAUAUACUGUCACACUUACAAACAAUGCUCGAGACGGCAAGCCAGAUUUGUUGGGUCUGUACGACAUCCAAGACAGGAAAACCUGGACCGAUCAUUUCACGACAGCUCGGACCAAGUUUUACAGGUGA